AUGAGCCUAUCUCAAUCUGUCAUAGUUUAGCCAAUAAAGAAAAAUAAAAAUAAAUAAUAAUGGAAUGAAGAGAAAUAAGAUAAAUAAUCUGUCGAAAACUUUAAUAAACUUGACAAAAUGUCAGAUUUGUUUUGUAAUGACCAAGUUAGAUUGAAGUACAAUUUUAACAAAAUAAUUUAGGAUAUGCAAGAUUUUCUUUAAAAGGUGAGUUUAUAACAGUUAAAGCCUCCAUUUUUGCACAAUACAUUUGGCCUUUGGAGAAAAACAAGCUUUGAAAAGUUAGAUAUAUUAGUUAGAUUUUGUACUUUCAAGCAAUAAUAAACUUGGAAAAAAGUUUUUUAUGAAAGAGUAGAUCAAGAAUUGUUUUAAUAGUAUAUUUUAAGACUUCAAGAACCGUAUAUGAAUUAAAUACUCUAUGAAAAUUAUUAAAUUCCUCAAUAACUAGAGCCUAACCUUCUUAAAAAGACACUUCAAUUAUACUAAGAAUUAUCAGAUCUAUCAUAAGUAAUUCGUGAAUGGUGUAUUUAAUUAGAAAUCACUUUUGACAUCAUUGAUAGAGUCAAUUUAUAUUAAAUAUGUAACACUAAGCAAUGCUUUUACAUUAGUGAUAACAUUAAAAAAGAAUUUGAUAUCAACAAAAUUCAACUAGAUUCUAUUAAUAAGAAGGGUUAUAAUUUUUAAGAUUUUCUUAUGAAAAAGGCAUUAGUGUUUGGUGUGAGGAAAUUAUAAGGAUUAUUUAAAUAAAAAGGAUUGACUUGGGGCACUAUACUAACUGUAUUAUAUUCUAUAGCUGCAGGUACUGCUAAUCCUGUUAUUGCCAUAUUAAUUGGAAGUAUGGGUAAUUCAGUAGUUGGAAACAUUCUUUCAGUAGUUUCAGAUUAUCUUGAAAAAGAUGAUAAAAAAAAAUUAAUAAACAACCUAAUAGUAGAGUUGAAUCCAAUAGUUAAAAGUUUGAAACAAUAAAACGAAAUGUGUGAAGUAAAUAUAUUAAAAUGUUUUGAGGCCAGUAAUGAAAGCGAUUAUUUAUUAGCUAAAGAAGAGCUAAAACAUAGUAUAGAAAAAUUGAUGGAAAAUGAUAUUGAUGAAUAUACAUACUCAAAAGGAGUGCUGUUAUAAGAAAAGCAAGUAGGAGAAUGGAAUGUGAUAGAUUAUGCUGAAGAUUUAGAAGAAGAUGUGUAAGGAGAUUUUGCUUUGAUUGAUCUACCUUCUUAAAACAAGAAAAAUAAUUUGUGA